CUGUCAAUGGUUAGCUUAUUCGCUGUGUCCCAACUUUUCUUUUUUCAUUUACAUGUGGUAAUUGAUGUCAAUUUAUAUCAACUGCAAUUGAUCUGAAUUUUACUUAUCAAAUUCUUACUUUGCAGGAGGCUACUUGGUAUAAAGAGAGAGUGGAAUCAAAGUUAUGUGGAAAAGUGGAACCUUCUAAAAUGUACAAGAGAAGAUUGUACCAGAUUCCUAAACAGUGGAGUUACUGCCAGACAAACAGCUUUAACAUGGAGGACGCCAACUCCAGCAUCACGGUGUACCUCCAGUCUGACCCCGGGGAUAUCAGGUCAACCGUCAUCAACGAACUCCUAGAUUUAAGAAUGCAGGAGCCGUGUUUUGACGUACUGAGGACACAACUACAGCUGGGUUACACUGUAUACUGCCAGAACCUGGUCACCAAUGGCAUCAUGGGACUCGCUGUUCAGUUCCAAGCCCAUAAGUUCACGAUGCAUGAGGUUGACAACCAUAUUGAGGAUUUCCUGAACAAGUUCAAAGAGAUGUUGGAUGAAAUGUCCAAAGAGGAGUUUGAUACAUUGGUGGAGUCUCUGAUAGCAGCCAAGCUUACAGAAGACACUCAGUUAGAGGAGGAAGUCAACAGAAACUGGGGGGAGUGUAAGGAACAAAACUACGUGUUUGACAGACAAGAGAAAGAGGUAGCUAUACUGAGGACAUUAACACUAGAAGACCUGAAGAACUGGUACAAACAGUAUCUGGGAGAAAAUCAGAAAAGGAUAAGCUUUCAGGUUCUUGGAAACCCAGAGGUGGAGCAGGUAGAGGGGAAGGGUGAUGAAGUGGAACCUUCCCAGAAGAAAGCUAACACAGACAAACGUGACAGAGAACAGAGCUAUAUUGUGAGACCUGUCAAAGACUGUAACUACCCUGACCACCAGUGUAUCAGUGAUAUACAGCAGCUCAGAUCUAAACUCACAAUGUUUGACUACCACUGUAUCACAAACUGAUGUAGGCUGCAUAUAUAGCCACAGUGAGAAAUGUUAAAGACAGGGGUUAUGGAGGUUUUUUAAUGCUUUUAAUACUUCGACCUUAUGAUCAAAAGAUACUAUUAUGUAGGGAAUGGAGAAUCAUUGAAUUACUAGCAGAUGCUAUUUCUGCAUUGAAUUAUUUUAAUGGUACAUGG